AAAGCAAGGUGAACGUAGUGUAUUGGAGGGGUAUGGUUUUGUGUUCUUAAAGUGGAACAAUAAAGUGAAAGAAUGGCAGAAAGAGAUGGAAAUGGAGACGUGGAGACAAGAUCAGGGUCUGGAUCACGACAAUACUAUCGCAACCAGACACACAUGGAGACAGAGGAGUUGGCAUCAAAAACCAUCCAAACCCAGAACAAGAGAUUUUACUUGGAUGUGAAGCAAAAUGCUAGAGGACGUUUUAUCAAGAUAGCUGAGGUCACACCUGGUGGCCAUAAGAACAGACUUACAUUGUCGAUGCCAAUUGCUUGUGAGUUUCGCAACGUGCUGUGUGAUUUUAUUGAGCAUUACUCUACACUUGGACCUACCAAUCCUGAUGCUCUUCCUGAUGAAAGACGAACUUCACUCAAAACUGAGCGUAUCACUCGUGAAAACAAACGUUAUUUCUUGGAUUUGAAGGAAAACCAGAGAGGGCGCUUUCUUAGAGUCAGACAACAGCAAGCAUUCAAUCAGUACAACCAGGAUGGGAGACCAAACAACCCACCACAAAUAGCUCUACCAGCGCAAGGAAUGGUUGAGUUUCGUGAUGCACUGACAGCAUUGAUUGAUGAGUUCGCACAGGAUGCAGGUGAACAAGCUGAACUACCAUCAUCGCAUGUUAUCGGGAACUAUCGAUCUAAAAUGUUCUUUCUUGAUGUUGGUCACAACCAGCGUGGUGUGUUCAUGAGAGUGACUGAGCAGACACGUCACUAUCGUUCUGCUGUUACUAUUCCUGAAAAGUUUUGGGAUGAGUUUGCUGACUUCUUCAAGAACACAUCAGAGCAGAUGGAGGAAUAUUACCAACAGAUGGGAAAGGAGAGACCAAAAGAAGAGACACCAGAGAAAAAGGCAGAUGUUGGACCUGAGGAGCCUGAGGAGGAGCAGCGCGAUGAGCGUCGUCGUACCGAUGAUUAUGACGAUAGAGAGGAUGAUGAGCCAGCAAAAAAGGAGUGAGUCGACAAAAAGUAACUGGCCGAUCUUCACUAUAAGCUGACUGUCAACAUAUGGAACUUGCAGUGAAGAGUAGUAUGUGUUUAUUGUUUAGUGUGAUUUUGUUUUAAGGCAUGAUCGUUACUUGUUGCCCUACUGCGACUGGCCUGGUGUGUCGACUGUCAAACCGCCUAUUUUAACGUUGGUACCAGCUGGAGCAUUCAAUUUAUAAAAAAAGAGCACCUGUCACCAAAUUUGAUUCUAACAUGUGUUUAUUUUAACUACUUUCCGUUACAACUUGUGCUCGCCGCCUCUUAUUCCCCUUUCGCUUUUCAGUUGCAGUGUUAGAUUCGUUUCUUUCAUGUCGCGUUUAACCUCACAGCAAAUUAUGUUUCAGCCACAAACCCAGCAUUAAGUUUCAGAAAGUUUGUUACGUUAUUGGCCAACACCUUUAUUCAGCAGUUAUAAUUGUCGUACACUAAGUAUUUCAUUUCUUACCAACCUAUUUUAUCAUUCUGUUUUAAUUGGUGGGGAAUUUUAUUCAGUUUUAGUUUUCACAGUUAGAACUCUAAAUCAGGGAUUUCAAAACGUCCAUAAAAUUUGAUUGGUCACCUAGUAAUAGGUCAACGUAACACAAGGCUUUUUGCUGCUCCCGUACAGUGAGUGUGUAUAUACAAUGAUGAUAUAUUCUAUCUAGGCAAUUCCAACACGCCAGAACACCAAAUUGGUGAUUUGAAGUAGACUGUUAUGAUCUGCCACUCUUGUAUUACUGGCAAUUAAUUACUUCUGCAUAUAAAUUACAUCACCCUAGUAUUUUAACCUACGCGUAGCUCAGUGUAAUGGUAAUGUGGUAAAUGUUCCAUUGAUAUUUUGAGUGCACAUAGCUGAAUAAAUUUGUUUUAACUGUAAA